CUCCAGCGCUUCCAGCCAGCAGCAGCACCGAGCUAACAAGUCUUUGUGAGGAGAGAGGGAGAGGAAGGAGGGGUUGCGGAGCAGGAGAGAGCAUCAGACGGCGAGGGAGUUGACAGCGUGAGCACAGAAUGAGGGUGCAGUGGGAGCGGGCAUAAGACAGCGGCAGAGGCAGAGGGGCGCUCCGUGCGGCACAAUAGUGCAAGACGUCGCUGGAAAGAGAGGAUAAGGAAGAGCAGGCAUCAUGGCAGCGCUCACUGCAUCACCACGGCACAUGGGGAAUACUCGCCGCCGCUGCUGAACGCUGUGCGAUGCAGAGGAGAGAGUCGAGAGGACCUCCUGGAAGCCAGAAGCAAGAGAAGGAAACAGGUGUGACCAGCGGGACGCACUGCAGGAUGAGCGGGAUCCUGAAGAGAAAGCUCGAAGAGGAACCCUCGUCUUAUUUGUCCCUGCAGGGGUCAGAGGACGACGAGGUUUCCUGCAGCGACAGCGGCAACAGCAGCGAUAGCCUCAACAAUUCUGUCCCUGCUGGGAUUCUGGACUCCUCUCUCCAGCGGCAGUCGAAGCGAUUGCGGGGACGCAAUGUGCACUUUGAGAGCGUCACAGUGUACUAUUUCACCCGGCGGCAGGGCUUCACUAGCGUGCCCACACAGGGCGGCAGCACCCUGGGUAUGUCGCCACGGCACAGCGGGGUGAAGCGCUUCACCCUCAGGGAGUUCGCCAUGGAGCAGAAACGGAGCCACCGGAACAUGCUGAGGGAUCACCUCAAAGAGGAGAAGUUCAACGCCAUCAAACUCAGACUCACAAAGAACGGCACGGUGUCCUCCGCGGAGGCCGACACUUUGACGCUGGAUGACGUCUCCGAAGACGACCUGGAUGUGGACAACACGGAGGUGGACGACUACUUCUUCGUCCAGCCGCUGACCACCAGGAGACGGCGCGCGCUCCUCCGGGCCUCCGGGGUGCGCCGCAUCAACGUGGAGGAGAAGCAUGAGCUGCGGGCCCUGCGGAUGUCUAGAGAGGAGUGUGGGUGCCGCUGCCGGGGGAUAUGCGACCCGGAGACCUGUGCUUGCAGCCUGGCCGGCAUUAAGUGCCAGGUAAAUGGAAAUGUGGUGGACCGCAUGUCCUUCCCCUGCGGCUGCACCAAGGACGGCUGCAGCAACAACGCCGGGCGGCUGGAGUUCAACCCGGUCCGUGUGCGCACCCACUUCCUGCACACCAUCAUGAAGCUGGAGCUGGAGAAAAGCCGCGAGGAGCAGUAUCAGCAUCAGCAGACGGAGCAGCAGCUUGUAACCAGUGGCAACAGUUACCAUGGCGACUCCUCCUUGAUCCAGCAGCCGCAGCAGCAGCAGCAGCAAAACCCUCAGUCUCUGAAGAUGAACAAUCCCAUCAUGCAUCUCCAGAACACAGGUGAGAUUGAGUCACAUCCAGACGAAGACGAGGAAGAGGACGAAGAGGAAGAGGAGGAAGACGACGAUGAGGAGGAGGACGAAGCGUACGAUGAGGACGGCAGCAGCGUUUGCAGUGGGCUGUCAGACUGCAGCACGCACAGUCUGGAAACUCUUGACCCGGAGGAUGGGGAAGAAGACGAGGAAGAGGAGGAUGACGAGGAUGAGGACGAGGAAGAUGAUGAAGAAGAGGAAGAGGAGGAAGACUGGGACUGUUCAUUGCACGGACUGAGUCCUCCAUCAUACUCUGUCCCGCUCCCCUCUGUUCUAAGUUACACAAACAACUCACUGGUGGGGCUUAGCAGCCCCUUCCUCAACACUCCCCCCAUGCAGCACUAUCAGAUAGACGGCCCUGUCAACGACACGCCCGCAUUCCUCAGCGAAAACCUGAACGUUGCGCCCAUGCUCCCCUCGGUGGAAUCCGUGCUGGAGUCCGAAAUCGGCGCAGAACUGCCCCGGCAACCAGAGCGGCGGGGGGGCCUCUUUUCUGGGUCCGCCGAGCUCCAAGCGGGCUCGCAUGCGGACGCGCGUGAGUUCAACGCCGGCAGUCCCGACCAGCACCCUCGCUCGACAGGCCUCCAGAAAAAAACAGACUGUCGUGACUCACAGGCGGGAGGAAAUGGGGAUCCUGCACAGGAGCAAGCCGGGCCGUUAGAGAAAGCCUGAUGAAGAAGGAUUUGGAGAUGGAUUGUUGCUGCUAGUACAUCUUCAGACACAAAAUCUUAAAGAGCAGUGGAAACAUGCUGCAGAUCUGUUCCAUUUUUACUUUUUUUUUUGUCACACAUACAUGCUUUAAGGUCAAACUAAUUAGUAUCAGCAAUUAUGACCCGAGUAAAUACAAAAUACAGUUAUCAAAUUAUGUAAUUGAUUAAGUCAAGCGUGCUUGAUUACCAUUAGACCUGUAGAAUCAAAACCCACUUAAAGUUACCACAAUUACUCCAAGAACGCAUCAUCAACUCAUCCAAGAGUUCACAGAAGACCCCCAGAACAGCACUGCAGCAGGGAUGGGCAAUAUGGACAUUUUGUUAAAAUCUUUUUAUGGUAUUUCUUGCAAUAAUAACAAUUGUGACGACAAAAGGAAUUAAAACAGUUUUAAUUUUUUUUUUUUUUGGGAAUGGAUUGGAUCAUAGUUGUAAAAAUCUUACUUACCAGCCACUAGGUGCAGUCAACUAGGCUGGCUUUUAUAUUUGCUCAGCUUCCCUUUGCCUGAUAUUAAUAUUUGUUGGCCGGUCUGAGACAUGCAAGUUCAGCAAACAGAUGAAAACAGUAGGGCGGUGAAGCCAUUGUCACAGCUUUGUAAGUUUAAAAGUUUGCUGUAUUCUUGAUAAGUGCACUUUGAGGGACAGUCACUCGUUUUGACCCAGAAUGCACUAAGAGUUGAUUCAAUCUGGGCAACGGUUGUCCGCAAAACCUAUUUAAGAUUGUGUAUAAAGACAAAACUUAACAAAACAAUAGCAAAGUGGUUAGGUCUGUUAUUUUGUAUUUGCACUAUAUGGUUUAUAAUUUUAGCUCUGUUUUAAAGUGUUUGCUGCAUGUUUUCCUGCUUGUGUUGGCAUCGGUGACAAAUCCAAACCCGAUUUUGAGGUGCUUGUAUUGUUUUGGUAAUUUCUGUUGUGCUGCUGUUGCUGCUGAUGUUUCUGAAAUGCUUAUUUGUAACGCAUGUGUUCAAUUCACUGAAGAUGUUUCUUGGUGUGCGCAUUCUGUAAAAUUAAAGGUUUGUUGCAGGAAAAACACA